AUGAUUUCAUUCAUACUAAGUUUAAUUGCAUAUUCUUUACCAAAUUGGAAACAUGUUCAACUUCGUUCAACAUCUAUACCUACAAUUAUCUCUGAAAAUAAUCAAAUAGAUCCAUUAAUUCGUAGUGAAGUUGAUAAAUAUUAUGAUGUACUUUAUCGUCGAGGUGGAACACAUUCAUAUGGUUUAUUAUCACGUUGCAUAGCUGAAAGUAAAUGUGGUCGAAAUCUUUUGCCUUCAUAUCAUGAAACUAAUUAUGGACUUUGUCAUAAUAUUAAACAUCAUAAUCAAUGCAUAUUUUCAAAUUCAUUAUCGGUAAAAAAAUGUACUUGUCAAAAACCGUCCUAUAUAAGCAUAACUCAUACUUUGCUUAUUUUAAUUCUAAUUCUUCAAGUUUUAUUUAUUUCUGUUAAUCUUCUUCGAUUAUAUUGUCAUCAUUGUCAGACUUCAUCUCUAAAUGAUGUUCCAUUUCGCCUUAUUGGAAUCAUAUUAACUCUAAUUUCUUUAUUAUUUCUUAUUAUUAUAAUAAUACAACAGAAUUCUAAUCGUUUUAUUGAACCAUUAGAAUUUUUUCAAUCAAUGCAUCGUCAUUAUUUACGUACGCAAAUUUAUAAAUUUUCAAGUGAUUUACAUUUAAUUAUUAAACAACUUGAACAUGAUUUAGAUAUACGUUUCGGUAUAUCAUAUAUAUGUAUUAUAUUUGUAUUAAUAAUAACAUUCAUUUGUUUUAUUACAUCAUCUACAGUUGAAAUAAAAACUGUAUCAAAAUUUGAUGAAGAUGAAAAGAUAAAUGAACAAAAUCCUAUAUUAAUAGAAGCUCCUCCAAUUGAACGUUUUGCACCAUUUGAACAAACUCGAUUUACACGUCAAACUAAAGUUUAG